UUUGGUUCGGUCCAACAGUCUUUCGUAAUCGAAUACUGUAGUCAUUUCCAGAGGAGUCGGCGUAAUGAAGAACUUCUGACCUUCUAGCUCAUCAGCUCCUUUUAUGAUUUUUCUAGGAUUAUCUGCGAGAUGCACAGUGUACGAAACGCCUUUUUUCGGUGGAUGGAAUGCAAGUUUCCGAGCAAUGCUUCCAGGUGUAGGCGGACAACCAACAUAGCAACACAAUCCGCAUAGUGCAGCCAAAAUUCUUCGUGGAAUAUCGACGCUUAG